GCUUACAACAAUUUAUACUGAGCAGCAGAUUCUUCAGAAUGAGAGGUGUUUUUCUGAUGCUUGUGAUGUUUACUUGUUCAUCUUAUGCAGUAACAGAUUGGUGUUACGCUGAAGAAUCAUGCGGUCCCGGGUCCUGGUUUGUUUUGGGCUUUUGCAAUGGAUCCCAACAGUCCCCUAUAGACAUUAUUGAGAGUUCUGUAAAUACUAAUACCAGCCUAGGGGAACUUAAGUUCAACAACUACAAUGAUAAGAACAAGCUUCUGGCUGUCACUAACAAUGGACACUCAGUGGAGGUCUCACUCGCUGAUGGAGUUAAUAUCUCUGGGGGAGGUCUCCCUGGAACCUACUCAGCUGUUGCAUUUCAUUUUCAUUGGGGAAAUUUAACAUCACCAGGCUCCGAGCAUCGACUGAAUGGGAAACAAUAUCCCAUGGAGAUGCACAUUGUUCACACAAAAGAAAAUAUGAACCUAACUGAAGCCAAGAAUGAUCCAACUGGGAUGGCAGUGCUGGGAUUCUUCAUUGAUGUUGUAGACUUCAUCAAUGCAUCUGAUUUUGAAUUAUUUUCUUCAUUGCUACCACAGAUUUCAAGUCCGGGAGAUACAUUAUCUCUUAAUUCUUCCUUCUCACUGGAUGCCCUUUUGGGGGGCGUGGAUCGUACGGUGUAUUAUCGAUACAAGGGCUCCCUCACCACUCCAAACUGUAACGAGGUUGUGUUAUGGACAGUAUUCCGAGACCCCAUCAAGGUCCAAACCAGUGUGGUUAAAGCCUUUUCAUCCAAUCUUUAUCACAAUGUGUCUGGGGAGCUUGAGACGUUAAUAAACAAUUUCCGCCCCACUCAAGCACUCAAUUCUCGGGAGAUUCAGGUUUCUUCCAUGCAAAAGUUUAAUGUCACAUCCAUGGCCAGUGUCACCCAUACGUCUAGUUUAUAUACCACAAAGAGUGCCAGCCACCAUGAUAGUGCCAGUCUUAUCCUUACAGUGGUCACAACUGUAUUACUUCUUAGGUCAUAUUAGGUAUAAUAAAAGCUACAUAUUAGCGAUACCUAAAAACAUUUUAUGAUCACCAAUAUGUACAUAUCAUUGUGUAUCAAUGGACCAGUGGAGUUGGACAUUCAAAGAAUAAUAGGAAAAGAAAGCCUGAAAUUGUAAAGCAGAUUAAAAUCAGAACGGACAGGUGGUCGUUAAGCAUAGUUUGCCUCUAUUUGACUUAUUUAAAUAAAUACAAAAUAUGCUAAUUGGGAA